CACGGAAGACGUGGGGGUUGAGGGCUCGGCGACCGUGAGAAGCAGGGAGGCAACCGGGGGCCGCGGGAUCCGGUCUUCACCAACCCCGGCCGCGAGCCCGCCCCUAGGUCCCCGAGGCCGGUCGUGUGCGCGCGCCAGGGGCAGGGUAGGGACCCGGAUUGCGGUCCUGCAGGGCCGGAGACCCCGAGACCCGCAGAGCCGGAGGCGGAGGCGCCCGAGCCGGGGGCGGGGCCGGGGCGGGGCCGAGCCGGCUGCAAAGCGCGCAGACAAAGAGCCCGCGCCCCGCGCACGGCGCCGGGGCCUCGCGUCCCUCCCACGCGGGGACCCUGGCUUUGUGUCCGCGCUCCGCAGCGGACUCCGCCCUCCCUGCCCCCGCCAGGUGAGCGAGCCGCGUUCGCGCGCGGGGGCUCCUGCAUUUCCCUUCCCCAAGUUCCCCCCUCUGCCCCAGCCUCAGUUUCCCCCCAGCUCACUGUCUAGCCCUGUCUCCGCUCCUGGGAUCUCCAUCUGCGCACCUCCUGGUCUCCAGCCUGCCUUUGUCCCCCCCCCCCCCCCGCAACCUCGGCCUACAGCGCCCGCGUCACCAUGAUUGCUGUGAAGGAGAAGAAUAAAAGGCCGAAGGACAGCAUGACGCUCCUGCCUUGCUUUUAUUUCGUGGAGCUGCCCAUCGUGGCUUCCUCCAUUGUGUCCUUGUACUUCCUGGAGCUGACUGACCUGUUCAAGCCGGCCAAGGUGGGCUUUCAGUGCUAUGACCGCUCACUGUCCAUGCCCUACGUGGAGACUAAUGAAGAGCUGAUCCCACUGCUCAUGCUGCUGAGCCUGGCCUUCGCAGCGCCUGCAGCCUCCAUCAUGGUCGGUGAGGGCAUGGUCUACUGCCUGCAGUCCCGGCUGUGGGGCACAGAGGGCAGCAUCAAUGCGGGCGGCUGCAACUUCAACUCGUUCCUCCGGCGAACCGUGCGCUUUGUGGGUGUGCACGUGUUUGGCCUGUGCGCCACGGCUCUGGUGACGGACGUCAUCCAGCUGGCCACCGGCUACCACACGCCUUUCUUCCUAACCGUCUGCAAACCCAAUUACACCCUGCUGGGCACUUCCUGUGAGGCGAACCCUUACAUCACACAGGACAUCUGUUCGGGCCACGAUACCCAUGCCAUCCUGUCGGCACGGAAGACCUUCCCAUCCCAGCAUGCCACUCUGUCGGCCUUUGCUGCUGUCUAUGUGUCGGUGAGUGAUGGCCCCCAAUGCUGUGCCCUGUGUCCACCCUUGGGCAGUAACUACAGCCUGACCCUGCCACCUGUUGGCCAGAUGUACUUCAAUUCAGUCAUUUCGGACACCACAAAGCUGCUCAAGCCCAUCCUUGUGUUCGCCUUUGCCAUUGCUGCUGGAGUCUGCGGUCUCACACAGAUAACCCAGUACCGCAGCCACCCUGUGGACGUCUAUGCUGGCUUCCUUAUUGGUGCUGGCAUCGCUGCCUACCUGGCCUGCCACGCUGUGGGCAACUUCCAGGCACCACCCACAGAGAAGGUGCCCACCCCAGCUCCUGCCAAGGACGCCCUCCGAGCGCUGACACAGCGGGGCCAUGAGUCCAUGUACCAGCAGAAUAAGUCUGUGAGCACAGAUGAGCUGGGCCCUCCCGGGAGGCUAGAGGCGAUGCCUCGGCCCGUGGCUCGAGAGAAGACAUCUCUCGGUAGCCUGAAGAGAGCCAGCGUGGACGUGGACCUGCUAGCUCCACGAAGCCCCAUGGGCAAGGAGGGCAUGGUCACCUUCAGCAACACACUGCCCCGCGUCAGCACGCCCUCACUGGACGACCCUGCGCGGCGUCACAUGACCAUCCACGUACCCCUCGACGCCUCCCGCUCCAAGCAGCUGAUCAGUGAGUGGAAACAGAAGUCCCUGGAGGGCCGUGGCCUGGGGCUGCCGGAUGAGGCUAGCCCUGUGCACCUGCGGGCCCCGGCGGAGCCCAUGGCGGAGGAGGAGGAGGAAGAGGAGGAGGAGGAAGAAGAGGAGGAGGAGGACGACGAGGAGGAAGGCCCUGUGCCACCCUCACUGUACCCCACCGUCCAGGCUCGGCCAGGGCUGGGGCCCCGGGUCAUCCUGCCUCCGAGGCCAGGGCCCCAGCCCCUCGUGCACAUCCCCGAGGAAGGAGUGCAGGCUGCAGCUGGCCUGUCACCCAAGAGCAGCUCGUCAGUGAGGGCCAAGUGGCUGUCCAUGGCUGAGAAGGGCGGGGCCCCAGUGGCUGUGGCUCCAUCCCAGCCACGGGUAGCCAACCCACCAAGGCUACUACAGGUCAUCGCCAUGUCCAAGGCGGCAGGGGGUCCCAAGGCCGAGACAGCCUCAUCCUCCAGCGCCAGCUCCGAUUCCUCACAGUACCGCUCCCCGUCAGACCGGGACUCUGCCAGCAUCGUCACCAUCGACGCGCACGCGCCGCACCACCCAGUGGUGCACUUGUCUGCUGGCGGCACACCCUGGGAGUGGAAGGCCAAAGUGCUGGAGGGCGAGGGCGGUUAUGAGCUGGGGGACCUGGCGCGUGGCUUCAGAGGCAGCUGCAAACCUGGGAUGGGCCCGGGGUCUCCAGUGAGUGAGGCGGACCAGGAGGAGCCCCGGUUUGGAGCGGUGGCCACCGUCAACCUGGCCACUGGGGAGGGUCUGCCACCACCGGGCGCCAGUGAGGGGGCCCUGGGUGCGGGGAGCCAGGAAUCCACCCUGAGGAGGCAGGUGGGCGGGCUGGGGGAAAGAGAAGUGGAGCCGGAGGCCGAGAGCUACUACAGGAGGAUGCAGGCUCGUAGGUACCAGGACUAAACCUGGCAAAGUGUGGAGGGCUGGAAAGGACUGGGGGUCUCUAUGGCACCAAUAAAAAGGCUGAUGGUGACUAAU